CCAAACUAGUACUGUAACUAGCACAUUCAGAGCUAUAACUAGCCAAACUAGUACUGUAACAAGUAACAAAUUAAUAUUGUAUUUAGCACAUUCAGAGCUAUAACUAACCAAACUAGUACUGUAACUAGCACAUUCAGAGCUAUAACUAGCCAAACUAGUACUGUACCUAGCACAUUCAGAGCUAUAACUAGCCAAACUAGUACUGUACCUAGCACAUUCAGAGCUAUAACUAACCAAAUUAGUACUGUAACUAGCACAACUAGCACUGCCCACUGCAUUCCAUCCGCUGUAUCCAGUCAGCUAACACAGAUACACUGUAACCGGCCAACUAACUGCAGCGAGAGGAGAUUCCCUACAACACAAAGAUCUGGAGUCACAUGUUAAACUGUGAAGACAUUUCCUGUAAGGAAACAGCAACAGCCCAGAGACCCUCGUUAUGGAUCCAACAGAGAAACUACACUGAGAGGGUUCCCUGUGGACGAGCCAGUGAAUGUCAGGGGAAGACCGUGGCACGAUGUCACAGAGCAUGAUGCGGAAGGCGCAGCCUUUUACUAUUGGAACCAGGCUAUCUCUGCCCAAGUGUGCGGAGUUUGCCAACACUGGGCCUGCUGGGGUUCCUUUGGACAGCUGUCUUCUACCACAGACUCUCAAUGAACGUGUUUCUCGGUACCUGACUCAGACUUGUCCCUCGUCCCUCAGUGUCUCUCCCCCACACAGGAAGAUGGUUUCUGCUCACAGGCUUCAUGAGGACUUUUCCGAUGAAGAUCAGCUAAAUCAGGGAUCUCUUGCCCGUUCCAUCAAAAGGAUCACCCUGUCCAGCAAAAGUGAAGACACUAUUACACAUGGCAUGGUAAAAGUGAAUGCCAGAGCUCAGACCCGAAACUGCCAUGGGAAUUUCAAUAACAACAAUAGCAGGCCUUUGAGGGAUUCUGUGCCAGGGAUACGUGGGUCUCCACAUCACCACACAGGGACGGACUCUGUGCCAAGAAUCGGUGGAUCUCCAUGUUACCACACAGGGAGGGAUUCUGUGCCAAUAAUCAGUGGAUCUCCAUGUCUUCACACAAGGAGGGAUUCUGUGCCAAUAAUCAGUGGAUCUCCAUGUCUUCACACAAGGAGGGAUUGUGUGCCAAUAAUCGGUGGAUCUCCAUGUCACCAAGCCACAUGGAAAUCCAUUGCAAGGAGUGAUGACUCUCCUUGCAGUCAAGUGAUUAUAGAGUCUGUGACACCGCUUAGUGGUUCUCCACAUCACCAGACUUUGAGAGAUGUUAGUAUGAGGACCACUGGGGAAGAGGUCCACAAGACAACCACAGAUCAGGUCAAGUGUGACGAGUCACCCUCAGAGGUUUCAUGGAGAGAAAAUGGAGACGGGGCUGCAGCUGGGAGUAGACCCUCCAUGGAGAUUGGCACCUCUCAGAUAUCACAACUCAGCCGAGAUAUAAACCAGGCUGAGACCUGGAUUCAAGAUAAACUACAGGAUUUGAAGGAUCAGUGCCAUGCGUGCCCUCUCCAGGACUGGGAGCAGGAGACUCAGACUAUAGAGAAAGACAUCAGAGACUUCGAGGACACAAUAAUGAAACUGAGCCAGAUUGGGGAACAUAUCUCCAAAGGUCAUACCACCAGCUCGUCAUCGCUUCGAGCCCAACUCCAGUGCCUGAGGGACCAAUGGCAACUACUAAAACAAACAGCGGCCAAUCAGAGCAAAGCAAUGGGAGGAGCUAAGACUCUACAGGAGUUUAAUAAGAAAGCGGAUGAACUGGAGAUUUGGAUGAGAGAAAAGGAAGAGAAGCCCUCACUCCCACUCCUUUUGGAUGAAAACUUCGAUAAAGUGCGAUUAACGAGACAAAUCCUUCAUUUGAAGCAGGAAGAAGUUUAUUACCGAAACCUUCAAGAGAACAUAAACAGCUUGGCUCAGAAAUUGGAAAAACAAGGACGAGCGGAGAACAAGGGGCCUUCCAACCGACGCAAACAACUCAACAAGAUGUGGCUCAGGCUCCAGGUUACCCUGCAGGAGCACCAGCAAAGUCUGCAGCUGGCACUAGAGGCAUCGUCAUUAUGGCAACAGGCAGAUGCCAUCCUUAGAGCCAUGGAGGAGAAGACCACCGGUGAGAGAAAUGAAGGAACCUCCGACAGACGUGGACAACAAGACAUGAGGGAUAUAGCCAGCCAGAUCAUGUUGUUGGAUAUUGCUGUGUCCCAAAUCUCUAGUCUUCAUCCUGUCCUGUCAUUGAGAGCUGCUUCUAAGCAACGUCAAGUAAAGGAGAGUUGGGCACAGCUCCAGAAAGCACUAAGGACGGACAAUUCAAUGAGACCCAUUCCAAGUACCUCAUUCACCAGAGAACUGGACAACCUUGCGACCCCCGGAACAGAGGAGCAAGGCAGCGUGGGAAGCCUUGGAAAUGAGCCAAACAGCUCACAGAAUUACGAUGGACACAAAGGAAGUUUAAAUGUGAAGGCAGUGAACAGAUUGUGCCCUUCCCUCAGAUCAGGAACAGAAAGUGAAGGCAUCAGGAAGCCAGCCAUGUUCCUUAAUGAGAGGAAGAGGAAACAGAAUUCAGAGGACAGCCAACGAGAGAGACUAAGAAGCGGUUCCCACAAUGAAGAUAAACAGGGUGGACCUGAGGCCACAGAGGUUGGUCAACUCUUGAGCGAGCUGAUAUCCACAGAGAAAUGGUUGCAGAGACUGGAGAUGCUUCUGUCUGAGCCAGCAGCCAUGAGAAGCCCCGAGGUGAUUCGCAAGAACCUGCGUGAUGUGUCCAUCUUGGACAAAGAAGUGAAAUCCAGAAGCCUUGUUCUUCACUCGCUUGGAGAUAAAUUGAGGAAAUCAGGACUCUCAGAACGGAUACUGAGUGAACAGACUCUGGGGAAAGUACAGGAGGUGAAGGAGAGGAUCCAGAUGGUGCAGGACACCCUCCGGCAACGUACCUCUGAUUUGAGGGACACUCUAGUACUGUCUGAAUUCAUGAAGAUCGUGCAGAUGGAGGAGGAGAGGAGGAACAAAGAGCUGUCAGGGUCUGGAGAUACAAUCAGAGAGGGACUCUGUGACCCAGGAAUGGAGGGUGAUCCAAGACAUAUGUUUACACCCCUGGAGGAGCUACAGGAAGCUGUGGAAAUGUUAAACGAUGCAGCAAAGGAGCGAGAGAAGGCAGUGGCCCUCACCAAAGAGACAGAGAGCCUGCAGAGCAGGCUAUCGGUCCUGUCUCAGAUGAUGUGCACCGCUCAGGAUUGGUUGGAUGAGAUCACAAGGCAGACAGAAGAUGCAGAACGGGAUUUUGUGGCUGUGAAGAGGCAGACAGACCUCAGAGACCUACAGGAACUUUUCAUUCAGCACCAAGAUCUGGAGUAUAAUGUGUCUGGACCGAUCCAGCUGGAGGUCACAAGGCUGGAAGACCAGCUGGACAGACUGCGAGAGUUGUCUCCAUAUGAGAACCAUGUGGUGGGUACGGAUGUUGAAGAAACCCUGAAGGCCUGGGUCCGGUUACAGGAGAACGUGCGUGAGAACAAAACAAAAUUACAGACGAUGGACCAACUGCGAAAAUUCUUUCUGAGUUACCUGGAGAUGAUAUCCUGGACUGAAGAUACGAGAGCUCAGAUUUUUUCAGACAGUUCCAUUGUUGUCCCAUCCCAAAGUGAGGAGCUGGAAAGGAGGAUUGAGGCAAAACUGAAAGAAUUUGAGGAUCUGGCUGCUAUUGGGUGGAAAUUUAUAGGAGAGAAUCAUUUUCUUUCCCAUACGAUAAAAGAGAGAAUGGAAGAGUUACAGGGAAUGUUAAGUUGGGUACUGAUGCGAUGGCGAUGUCAAAAACAUCAGAAGGUCAUGGGAAACAAGAUGGAAAAAUGGAGGCCAGGAAAGACUGAUGACAGCCAUGGUCUGAAUGUUAGUUACAAUGCCAGCCAUGGAUUGAAGGUGCAGCUCCCCCCAAAUGAUGUUCAGUAUGAGACCACCAGCUGGACCCCACUAGAAUUCUUUGAAGAUCUGCCGGAUGUGAGCGCCAGCCAGCUAUCUCACUCUGCCAGGAAACACCCACUGCGCCGGUAUGAGAGGAAGACGCACAGCCCAAUGUCCUUGCAGAGCUCCCUGUCCGUGCUCUCUGUCGGCAGCGACGUUCACAUCCCACAAACAGAUAAAUUGGGAUUAAAAUGUUCAGAGGGACCCGUGUGGCUGGAACCCAAAGAAAUGCCAAGAGAAACUGAAAUGGCGUCAGCUGAACCCUCGUACAUGCCACAUCCCCCCAAGUCUACGUUUUGGAGGCGCUGCCAGGAGCUCUUACAAAGUACUUUUGGUAGUUUAAAAAGAAAUAAAAGAGUGUCGCCCCCGGUUGUGGAAGAGGUGAGCACGUACUUACAUCUGAAAAACAGUGAUCAACAACCAAUCACGUGCCAAAGUUUGACUGUGCCACGACCUUCUAAAAAAUUUCAUUGCCAGGACCAGUGUUCACUGCAAUGUCCAUCCAGUGCAGAUGACUCCUCGGUCAGCUUCCCCAAAAGCCAAUUGCCGCUGUUUUUUGGCAGCCUCCAGAGGACUGGGGAAAACCAAAGAUGUACUGAUCACAGGGAGCCAGGAUUUUAUUCAGAUGACAUUUGUUUCAGUCCAAAGGAAGCCAGCCCACACCAAACCCACACGUGGCCAUCAAAACAUAGCAGGAAAGUCAGAAUAUCUGGGCCAAAUUCUCACCAAUUUAAGUCCAUUGAUAUUGAAAAAAAUAUGAUAACUAAAAAUACUAAUGCUGAACAUGGGACCUAUGGCUCAGCUUCAAACACAGCUGAAACCACAGAAAGCAACCAUAAUUCCAAUGCAUCUUCAAAUUUUACUUCCACCUGUAGACAUCUUACCUUGGGUUCUGUAGUGAGUCUAAAGAAACUUAAUGAAGAAUAUGUUCAAAAGCCAAACCCAUUGCAUGCCACGGAGUCUGACAAACAUGAUAGCAUAUUCCCUCAUUAUAGGAUGGAUCCAGUUACUGCGGAAAGAACUGGACAAACUGACAGCAUAUUUAGCAUAGAAUCUGAGGAGAACAGCAGUCUGGAAGCUCAUUCUCCGGCCAGUAGAACAUGGAUAGAGGCUCUAAGUCACAGCACUGGCUAUUGCAGGAAAAACCUACAUGCAUAUGCUCAAUCCAUAGAAAGCCCAAUAGACCACGUGUUGGAAGGUUCAACUGAGACUUUAAUUGACUUUGAACUGGGCAGACUAUCACAAUUGGGUGUCCCUAAUAGAUAUUUGGAACCAGAAUGUGAACAAUUUUAUAGUGUAUCGAAACCAUGUCAACAUCAAGAGAACAGCACUGUUGAAUUGAUUAUUUCAGAUAGACAGAAUGCCAUCUGCCAUCCUUUAGUUUUCAAGGAGAAAACAGAAGUUAUUUGCUCAAAGAUGUCUUCAAUUACUGAGCGACAUGGUGAGAACUUAGUUCAAUGCGACCUUACAGCAAUACUUUCUGAUACAGAUGAUGAAGCCGCUAAUCAAAUUUCCAAGUCCAGCCUCUCAAGCAUUCCCCAGCCAUGCAGGUUUGUGAAUGACCCUUCUGGAAAACAUAGUUUCUCUAAAUCUCCUUCUCCGGUAUUGCCGGAGGUUCUCCACCCUGACCAUGAGCUUCUGGAAGAAGAUGACGAGGAGCUGAAGUUAAUAUGGAACAAUGCUGAGCGUAUUCGUGUGGGUUGCCCCAAAUAUCGAAACAAAUCAAUACUGGACAGAAAAGCAGAGGGGGGAGGCUCAGUAAAGCAGGUGUUGAUGAUAGCUGAACCAAAUAUGUUAGGUGCCACAUUUACAUUGCCCACGGCGGCUCCAGUUCCUCUUGAAUCUGUGAAGGAAAGAGAAGUCUCAGAAUCUACACAAAAGAGAAUCCCACACCAAGAAAAAAUUGUGCUUUUGGAUCAUACAGGUCCUAAUCAGCAGAAGAUCCAAGAGAAUUGCCUAACACAGGAUUCGAGUGGAAAAGUUCUUCAAAAGCCGGCAGAUAGUAUAAAAGAGAAAGAAACAAAGAAUGACAUAGAAACUAGUGCCAUGAAGGUGAACAGAAAAUUGGAUUUCCAGUUAAUGGAGGGUCCCUUGGAGAGGAAGCACAGCUUGCAGUCAGGGGGCAGGAAGGCAUCAAACCGUACAUGGAGUGUAUACUAUGCCGUGCUUGUGAGACGGACCCUGUGUUUUUACCACGACCGCAGGCAUUCCAAGAGCUCCGUGUCUGCAUCUUCCGUACACCUGACGGGGGCCGUGUGCACGCCAAAUGCCAACUACACUAAGAGGAACAACUGCUUCUGCCUGAGAUUAUCAGAUGGCUCUGAGUAUUUGCUCUGCGCCCCCUCAUCACUUCUCGCUCACGAAUGGGUGGCAAAGCUGCAGCAUAACUCAGGGCUUGAAGACCCGGAUCUGCUUAGAGACCCAAUGCUUGGAUCCACCUUCUCCUCUCGCUGUCACCCCAGAUCUUGGAUUCCAGAGGUUUGUCAGCCAAUUCCAGUGCAAGGCCCUGAGAUCUCGGGCAGACUGCCGGAGUUACCUAAGAACCAGCGGCAGAACCUGCAUAUCCGUGAUCAGCCAAAUGGCAGCACAGAGCCCCCUCCAUCCGCCCUGUCCCAGCUACUAUACUGGUUCCCAGAGGAAUCCACCAAGACCUCUGACCGCUGCUUUGUAGCGGAUGACAAUGUGACUACUAGAAGGCGAUCACAGUCUUUCAGCUCAGUUUCAUAUAAGACGAUGUCUACCAGCUCCUCACCCCAGAAAACCUCUUACAAAUAUUCAGUUACACUCCACAUUAGCGACACGCCUGCUCCCCGCGGGCGCUGCCACUCAUUUGCCAUCAGCCCUGACCAAUCUCGGAAUGAAUUGAGCAGAGAUGGGAAUAAGGGAGGCAACUCUAAACCUCGCAAUCUGUCUGUCUUCAAAAAAUUCUUCCGGAAGAAGGAAUAACCAAGUAUCUAAGCUGUCACUUGACCUGUCUUAUUAGCCUGUGUCUCCCCAUAGUAACUCGAUGAUAUGAGCUGUCUCCCAGUGGUCCUAUGUGAGAUGCAGGGAUUCCAUGUCGGACGGUCCCUGGAAUGUAUGUAGAUACCAGCACACAUUUCACAGAUUACCUCCACAUCCAGUGGGACAAACCUGUCAUCUCCCUGGACAGGAGGAGGCGAUUGAUGUAUGAAAACAUGAACGCUGAGCCAAUUGAAGGUGUCUCUAAACCACUAUUAAAGAUAUACCUGGAGAUUACCUGCCUGCCUACCUACCUACCUGUUUCAGAUUGGAUUUUGUAGUAGAUGGUUUGACUGUAUUUCUAUUUAUUUAUUGCUGAAUUUUUCUGGGCUGUCACUCACAUUAAAGACAGAUUCAGAGGAAAUUCUAUAGGACAAUGGAAUAAUAGAUUCCCUAUAAACUACCACAAAGCAUUACUCCAAUCACUCCAGGCCACGCCUUUUACUCUAAUAACAGCACUGCUAUGCAAUUCAUAACAUUAACACGUUUUUUGCAAGACUACUUUGUAUUUGUGUAAUAAAAAUGUUAAUUUUGUGA